AUGUCGGACGACUCAAGAGACCAGAGCGAAUUCCAGGAAAGCGCAAAUACCGCGCGCUCCUUCAACGCCUCCCCCGAUUCCUCGAAACCUAAGCACGCAUCUUCUCGAUCACAAACCGGAAAGCUAUGGGAUGCCUUCGGAAACCCCGAAGAGCCCGCCAACGCGCUCGCCAAAGCUACCUACAAGCCUCCUGGAAAGAACCCUAAGGAUGUGUCAUACUCAGAGAUUAUUGGCUCAGUCUCGCUGUCCGAGAUGUCCAACGUUCAUAAAAGACCUUGCGCUCGGGAAUCCCUAAUGACUGGUAUCGGUGUUGGAUUCGGAGUGGGUGGUCUGCGGGGUGUCCUCAAAGGACGGUACGGGCUAUGGUCCGCAGGAAACUGGGCCGUGGGCAUGUUUGCGAUCACCUCAUUGGGAGCAUAUGAAUACUGCCGCUACCUGCGCAACAAGGAAUUAAGCGGCAUGGCCGAAGCACUCGACCUCAUGAACCAAUUAAAGGCUAAGAAGCAGCUGGAGAAGGAUACCGCCGCGGAAGAGGCAGCCAAGCUGGCCGAGGAGGAAAGAAAGAAGAAGAGUUGGACCAACCCUACCAACUACAAGUUCUGGUAA